UCUGUACCUAUAUUACUAUACUGCAAUAGACACUAUGAAUCACUGCUCAAAAUCUCCAAGAAAGUCCCUAUCGUUGUCAGUCUUUUUAACCAAGUGUCAGUCGCUUCACACCGGGCUGUCUGUCGGUUCUCUGUCGCAGACUCACGCGCAUGUUUUGAAGUUUAGCAACGGAUGCGCCGAUAAGUGGAGGCUCUAGCGAAAGGAGCCUAUCUAUUCUAUGCAGGAGUCCCAGAUGCCAAGAGAAGAGUUAUCUAAAAACAAACGCUGCUUCUGGAAUCUGGAUCCUCCAAGAUAAAAGUUUUGGGCCCAAACCUGACCAGUGGACGUGUUUUUCGAAAAUGUUUGCUGAAUAACAAAAAAAUAAUAUGGAACCUCAAGAAACUGAUCAGCUAUUAGGAGCUGGUGAUACCCCAGCAGGACCUGAAGAUGCUCUUGCGCAUUUAAAAGGGUUUAAAUUAAAAAACACGAUUGAAAUUCCUCUGUUUAUGAUAUUAUUUGGACUCUAUUUGUCAGGUGCACCUAUAAGCAAUCUAAACAUGUAUCGUACAUGCGUUCACUCAUUAAACUACACGGUCGCAGAUUGCAAGUCGUUCUUAGACCCAGAGAAGAUAAACCACACACAGGAGCUGGAGAAAGAGGUCCAAGAAUAUGUCACUCUCGUGAAUACGGUUAAUUCUGUGCUGGAAGCAAUAGUUCCAGCAGUUCUGUCAUUAUUCCUGGGCGUGUGGUCUGAUAAGCAUGGACGGAAGCCGCUUAUCGCCUGGACACUCUUUGGUCUGACUUUCAGCGCAAUCCUGACCGUGGUAUACGGCUUAAUGGAGGAGCUCGGGCCCUGGUGGUACAUCAUCAGUUGCCUGCCUUUCUCUCUGACGGGGGGAUACAAAGUGCUGAUGAUCGGGGCCAUUUGCUUCAUCAGUGACGUCACCAGCAACGAGAACAGAUCUUUUAGGUUAAUGAUAAUCCAGUUGACUUUCGCAUUGGGUCAUACAGCGGGCGCAAUGCUAAGUCCCUACACAGUAAAGGGAAUAGGUAACUUAUACCUGCUUCUUCUAGUCGCCAGUUUGUACACAUUUGCGUACGCCUUUACAAUGAUCUUCAUCGAGGAGUCCUUGGUCAACAUAAGUCAGGUAGGCGUAAUACUUGCAAAUCAUAUCUGUCACUAUAAAUUAAACCAUAUUGUGAUAAAACUGCAUGGUGUUAACUGAUAAGUACAGGAAAGCCCCGGAGUCCUACGGGUUUAAAGCGAUAAGAAUAAGUCGGAUUCGUAGAAGUUUACCUACAAAUAGCUUGGAGUGGUCAAUCGUGUUGCAACGAAUGCUUGUAUCAACGAUCUCUUUCACUUGAUUCUUCAAACUUUGUAUCCGUUUGUUCCUGUAGUUUUAUACAUUAUGGGUAUUUU